GGGGCGUCCGCGCGCGGUGGGGCUAUAAAGCCUCGGCCCCGCGCGGCCCCCUCAGCAGCAAGUGGCCUUGGGAGGCUGAGCCUCUUGCUUUUUAGUCCGCCCGGGCGCCAUGGGCGAGUUCCGGCCGUGCGGGGUGCAGCCGACCUUGUACCCGGACCGCCUGUGGAUCUGGGAGAAGGCCGUGUAUAUGGAUGAGAACCGGCGCACCUGGCUGUCCAUAAUCAUCGAGACAGAGGACGAGCUCCAAGUGCUCCUGCGUCAGAAAGAUGUCCCCCUGGGGGAGCCUCUGCGCCCCAGCCAGCUGCUGCCCGGCCUGCUGCCUUUGAUGUGGCAGUUGUACCCUGGGGAGAGAUACCGAGGCUCGGACUCCAGUUUCUGGCGCAUAGUGUACCAUGUCAAGCUCAGUGACACAGAGGACCUGCUCCUCGAGAAGCUGGCGUCGGAGUGACACGGUCUAGAAGUUCCUGUCUCCUUUCCCACCAGGGCCAGAGUCCUGCUGGCCUACGUGGGGACGUUUGUGCUCGUGCUCGCCUUCGUUUGCCACCCGUGUUCUCCUCACCACGCUGGGGUCUGGAGGAAACGGACAGGCGGAGGAUGGGCCCUACCCAGGGCCUGCGGGACCUGCCUGCAGGCCACUCGGCCCCCCUCUGCCCUCAGCACUGCCGCCUGCCUGGCAGAUGGCACCGGGGAGGACCCGGUCGGUACAGCUUCCUCCAGGUGCCCCAGCGAUACCUGUGCCUCCGGCUUUCUCAGUUGGCUGAUGGUUUUCAGCCUUUCUCUUUCCCUUCUGGCCUUCCCGGCAACUAGCGUCUCAUGCUGCGCGCCCAGGGCGCUCCUGUUCUGGUCGUUCAGCUUCGUGCACCUCUGGGAACAGGGCCUGUCUGCCUGAGCCGGGCCUCUGGGACCCUGGACCAGCUGUGUCACAUGGCUCUGUCCUGCACACCCACAUGCUUGCAGAAGCCACACCCGCCCUCACAAGUUCAGUUGCAGUUCAAGGAAAGGCCUGAGAGGAGCCCGCAUCCGUGCUCAGUGCUCCGCAGCCCGUGGACAGAGCGGGAAGCAGGGCACGCAAGCACCUCGGAUGAGCCCUCAGGUGGCCCACCUUCAGAAGGGAUAGAGAUCGGGUCCCCCCCCCCCACUCUCCCGGUGUUGUGAAGUUGUGUGUCGCAUGAACACUUCAUGGUGUUGAUUGAUUAAA